CACCACGACAAGAGCCAGACGAUUGAUCCUCCAAUCCAUCAAUCCAUCAAUCGCCCAAAAUGGCCCCUUCCCAGCUCCCCCCGGUUUUCAACCCUACCGCGCAGGACAUUGAGAUGCUCCUUGCCGCUCAGUGCCACCUUGGUUCCAAGAACCUUCAGGUGCACAUGGAGCCUUACCUCUGGAAGCUCCGCGCCGACGGUGUCAACGUCCUGAACAUUGGCAAGACCUGGUAUGCGACACCUGAAUAA